CAAUAAGUUCAAAACUCCGAACCAGAGAUCGCUCAGCCCUUCCACCAGCAUUCUGUUGGCACUGCCGUUCUCCACCGAGCACCAAUUGCUUUCCGCGAAUUGUACGCAACAUACGCAAACCCUCCGUUCGCACAAUAGGGCCUGACGACAAGCAUUAUGGGCAGCCCCAAAGAUACCACCCCCGAUGCCGUCCCACCAUCCCCAACCGGGACACACCCCCCCACAAUAGUCCUAAAACUCGGCACCUCCUCCAUCUGCUCCGAAACCACCUUCAACCCGCGGCUCGCGACCCUGUCCCUCCUCGUCGAGACCGUCGUGUCCCUCCGCGACGCGGGGCACAAGGUCGUCAUUGUCUCCUCCGGCGCGGUGGGGACCGGGUUGAGGAGGUUGGGGAUUGGGAAGCGGCCGAAGCAUCUGGCGGUUAGUCAGGCGGUUGCGGCGGUGGGGCAAGGGAGGCUGAUGGCGAUGUAUGAUCAGUUGUUUGGGCAUUUUGGGGUGCCGAUUGCGCAGGUGCUUUUGACGAGGGAUUGUCUUUCUGAGCGCUCCCAAUACCUCAACGCCCGCAACACCUUCCGCGAGCUCCUCUCCCUCAACGUCAUCCCCAUCGUCAACGAAAACGACACCGUCUCCUCCUCCGAGCUCCGCUUCGGCGACAACGACACCCUCUCCGCCAUCACCGCGGGCAUGGUGCACGCCGAGUACCUCUUCCUCCUCACCGACGUCGAAUGCCUCUACACCGACAACCCGCGCACGAACCCGGACGCACGCCCGGUGCGGCUGGUAACGGAUAUCGCCGAGCUGCGACGAAGCGUGCGGGUGGAUGCGCCGGGGAGCAUGCUGGGCACGGGCGGGAUGGUGACGAAGCUGAUUGCGGCGGAUCUGGCGAGCGCGGCGGGGUGCAGGACGAUCAUCACCCUCGGGUCGUCGCCGCACCUCAUCCCUCAAAUCCUCAACGAGAUCCGCGCCAACCCGCCCACAACAACCUCAACGACGUCUGAGGACGGGACAGUGACUCACACCACCACCCACCAUCAUGAGCCGACUACGGGAACCCAUUUCCUGCCCCGACCCAACCACGCGCUGUUGGACGACCGCAAGUGGUGGAUCCUGCACUCGCUCGCGGUCGCGGGGACGCUGUACAUCGACGCGGGCGCCGUGCAAGCCCUCACACGACGACAACGCUCGUCGUUGUUUGCGGUCGGGGUUGUCAGUGUGGCCGGGGAUUUCAACGCGCAGCAGUGUGUGCGGAUUGUUACGAUCGUCAAAUCCUCAACGUCACCCACGGAUGCAGAAGGAGGAGAAGAAGAAGUAGAAAUAGCAAAGGGUCUCGUAAACUACAGCUCCACCGAAAUUGCGCGGAUCAAAGGGCGCAAGAGUUCGGAGAUUGAGGGGUUGUUGGGCUAUGCCGAUUCCGAUUGUCUGGUGCAUCGGGAUAAUAUUGUUAUUGUGGAGAGGGAUGUGGAUGUUGGGAGGAUUGUGCUCCGGGGCGUGGGGGGGCCGGAGGGGAAGGUGGAAGGGGAUGGGGCGGUGUAGUGGGUUCUGUAGAGGCGCGAAGGUAAUGUGUAUGUAGGAAUAUGGUGGAGAGGGGUGUAUAUAUGUAAAUUAACGAAUAGAGCCAGAGAGGCGA